AGGGACCGGAUGGAUUACCAACGAUAUUCUAACCAGUUUGAUGGUCAAUAUGCAAUAUUAGACCUGAAAUUUCAGCUAAGAAAUUCUUUAAAGUUGCUUUAUUCGAUCCAGUUUUCGCAAAUGUUAAAGAUGAACUUAAACAACAAUUCCAACCAAUUAUAG